AUGGGAAGGUUGUCUAAUAUUCCAGUAGAAGAACUAAACAAUAGGAUCGACGGAUUAUCAAUUUCUAAUGGUUCAAUAGAAAACUGGGCUAAGACCUUUGUGGCGACACCUCAACGAAUAUUUCAACCGAAUAUUAUAGAAGACGUAGAAUACAUUAUAGAAGCAGCGUUUAGACAACAAAUCAGAGUCAAACCAGUCGGUGUUUGGCACUCUCCCAGCGAUCUGAGUUGUUCGGAUGAGUGGAUGAUAAGGAUGCAUAAACUAGCUGGUGUUAUCAAUGUAGACACCACUAACCGUCAAGUAACUGUUUAUUCUGGUACACUUCUGAGAGAAAUAAACGAGAAACUUGAGGAAAAUAACCUAGCAAUGCCAAUUUUAGGAUCUAUAUCAGAUCAAACUAUAGCAGGUUGCCUCGCAACUGCCACACACGGUUCGGGAAUACAAUACCGAUCCAUGUCCAGUUAUGUCCGGUCACUCAGUUUAUUGUUAUCUAAUGGUGAUAUCGUUGAAUGUUCAGAUACAUCACAUAAUGAUCUAUUCAACGCAACUUUAUGCUCUUUAGGUGCUACAGGUGUUAUCCUAACAAUUACACUAUCAGUUGAUGAGAAAUUCAACUUGCACGAGAUUGUCAUGCCGCUCAGUUUCGAUGAUUACAUGAGCAGUGAAGCUGAAUGGUUAGAAAGAUGGUAUACAGCACCAUUUGUGAAAGCAUUCUGGGUUCCACAAGCUAACGGUAUAUCAUUAUCUCAAUCAUACAAAUCAUUCUCAGAUGUCUUCUCAACUGGGAAUACUCUCGGUGGCUUUCUAUUCAGUUUGGUGCUCCAACCACUCCUUUUAGUUAAGAAAUACAUACCAAUGAUCGCCCCACUUAUAAGCAAUCUCGCUUGGAGAUACCUUUUCGGAAGUUACUCGCAGAGGGUUGACAAAAGUUUCAAUGUGUUCAACAUGGAUUGCGGAUUAUUACAAUAUACAACAGAAUGGUCCGUGCCUUUAAGUAAAGGAUAUAAAUGUCUUUUGGAACUCAACGAAUGGCUCAAAUAUGAGAAUGAUGUUGAUUUCCCUUUGGAAAUACGUGUCGCAAAAUCUGAUGAUAUAUUCUUAUCACCUGCGAACAAAAUCACACCAUACGGUCAAGAGUCUCACUACCUAUGGAUUGGUGUGAUAAAGUACAAACCAUACAAUUGUAAAGUGAGAUAUAGGAAAACGUUUAGAAAGUUUGAAGAUAUACUUAGAAAAUACAACGGUAGAGCUCAUUGGGCGAAGCAUUCAACACAGACACCUCAGGAAGUUGGUGAAAAAUACCCUCUCUUGAAUAAAUACUUGGAUGUGAUAAAGACAUAUGACGAAGAGGGAAUGUUUAUAAACCCAUUCGUAGAGAGACACUUGAUAAGUGAGAAGAAUGAUAAUAAUAGUAGAGAUUUCAAAAGCUAUCAAGUAGAAUCACAUGGAUUUUGA